AUGGAUAACGAGUCUCUGGAACGCCAGCUCCGAGAGAUGGAGGACCGCUUUUCCAUGGAGACGUCCGGGUACAUGGAUGCAGUGAGCCGUCUGGAGGAGGACAUCCACUCGCUGAAGGAGGAGAUGGCGAGACACCUGCAGGAGUACCAGGACCUUCUCAACGUCAAGCUGGCCCUGGACAUCGAGAUUGCCACCUACAGGAAGCUGCUGGAGGGGGAGGAGAGCAGGAUCACCAUUCCAGUUCAGAGCUUUUCCAACAUGCAGUUUAGAGAAACUAAUCUGGACACUAAAACCCCAGAGGCCCACGUGAAGAGGAGCAUCCUGGUUCGAACUGUGGAGACCAGAGAUGGGGAGAUCAUUAAGGAAUCAACAACUGAACACAAAGAUCUUCCUUAAAGUUCAAUCCUCAAUCACCCCCAUCAGAGUCAUCACUUCACUUCUAUUCUUUCAUCAUCACCUGCAGGCUAAUCUGUUCCCUACAACUAUGAAAUCACCAUUAACAGCUCCUAGACUCCCUUAUUAGAAUUGCUGUCAAAAACAUCUUUGUUCAGCUUUUGUACAGCUAUGAGUAGGAUUUAGGUCGAUCUCCUUGAAAUGGUCUCUGGCCUGUUCCAGUGAAAAUCAUUGGAAACUGGUUUAAUUUUAAUUUAGACUGAAGACCAGAUUAUUAACAUUGUUUCAGAUUAGCUGCCACAGAAGAGGCAUUAAAAUGUAACGAUUGUGUUCAGCUAAUAUGUACCACGGUGGAGGUUUACAUGUGGUCAUGUGUAUGUGAAAUGUGGCAAGGGAAGUACAAGAGGGAGUUGGGGUUUUGCAGACAUCAGAAUUGGAUUUAGGCAGGAAAUGAGAGGUGCGUUGUAUGUUAGAGCAGAUGAAUUUGAGCUGUUUUUUUUAACCUUUGCCUGGUGCUAUUUUGCAUUUCAUUCCUUUGUUGUAGCAGCAGCAACAUUUGCUUAUGUGUUACAGCUUGUAUUACCUGCAGGUGUGUUUUCAAUUAGUGCAUCUCACUUCACGGUGAUUAGAUGUGUGCACAGAUUGGAGUUGAGUGCAAAUCAUCAAACUAAUAUGUGUUGAUGUUACUUUUCACAUGUUACAACUCUGAACCUCAUGGAGUUGCCUGCUAUGGUUGCUUUUGAUGGGUUAAACUGCAAAACCGGGAGAUGCAACCAUAAAUGUUAUGUAUGACAUACCAGACAGUCUGUAGUCUGUAGCUGCAACGAUCGGUACUAGUAGUCGUUUGACAGAAAUAUAAUCGCCAACUAUUUUGAUAAGCUUUUAAUCGUUAAAGUAAUUUUUUUUCAUGCAACAAAGGCAGAAAAAGCUGUUUUUAUCCUCUCAAAUAUGGAAAUGUCUCUGUUUUAAAAGAAAUCAUAUUUAACUGAAUAUUUUAGGGUUUUGGACCGACAAAGAAGACCUAUUUUCUGACAUUUUAAAGACCAAAUGAUUAGUCCGCUUGAAGAGUCGAGCAAGAUAUGUUAGCAAAAACAGACAGCUGACAGGCAAUCAAGAUAAAAACCACUGAAGCGUCCAAAAUUAAUCAAAGCUAUGUUUGAUGUGUGACUUUUGGCAACAGGACUCCAUUUCUCUCGCAAAAAUUACAGCAGCAUUCAGCAGUUUGAUUAAAAAAAGUUAUGUUUAACUGAAUUCUGUCUAAAUCUAUUUCAAUAAAAGUCCAUUUGAGUUGUGUUUUUUCCCCAAGUGAAUGCACCAACAGCAGAUGCUGAAUGUUUGUAUCUUUUCCACUUGGCUGUGGAGAGCUGUGACCAUGGCAACCUUUACUGUGAUGUCACAUGUCCGAUCAACAGGUACAACCAAACUAACGACAGACGAGUCUGUACAAACCUGCGCAGUCCUGAGGGGAGGUCUCACGAGCCAAAACAAACACGGACAAAUGUCAGUUUGUUUAAACCUUCCUCCAUCACUUCACUUCUGCUCUUCUGCAUCUUCCAUUCACCGCACACUCAGCUGUUGGUCUCCUCUGUCUCCUGAACACGACCUGAUAAGACAUUCAACACCAGGACUGCGUCAGGGCAUGCCCGCUUAUCCAGCAGGGGGUGAUAGGGACAGAGCCAGGUUGGAGGUGUGGAGGAGGUGUGUGAAAGAUGAAGUGUCCUCCAGGCUCCUGUUAAUCCACCAAGCUACCUUCUCCAAAUUCAAAGGCCAAUUUCUGUAGUAUUUGACUGAUAGCAGAGAGAGAGAGAGUGCUGUGGAGAUAAACUUCAACAAAUCCCACAGCAGCAGAAACCCCUACUUCUUUCUUUUGAAAGGGAAGAUGGAUGGACGGACUUCACAGCCCAAACCCUGUAAUCCAAGUCUCCUGCUUGGUUAGAAGUCACGCUGACUGAAGCCGUGCUGCUGACAGCCAGCUGACACUAAUGAGUGGUGCUACGCCAAAGCUGGCAGUCGCUGUGCUCAUCGCCAAGGACACGCUGUGAAUUUGUGUUUCCAUGAGCCUCCCACCUUCUCCCCUCCACAACUUCCACUUCUGUCACUCAACCCCUUCUCUGGUUUUCCCAAUAACAUGCAGCUCUCUCUUGUAUUCACUGUUUUUGAAUGUCGAUCUUAGAUAGAAUCUCUUUUGGAAGAAAGCUAUGCAGAUGGGAAUAUAACAUUAGUUCUGACCAAUGCUACACGCUAUGACGUGAUGUUAACUUAACAACAAUAAAAAUUGUGUUCGUUAGAG